AUGGCCUCCCCUAGCGUUCUCACCUUUGACGCUGAGGGUCGGGCAGUGGACUUUGAGGUCUGGGUAGAUGAUCUGCAACUUUUCCUGCAGUGCGAUAGGGCAGACGGCCUCUCCCUGUUUGACCUCACUUCUGGUGCCUCCCCUGCCCCUGCUGCUGAUGCUGAUGCCACUGUCCGCUCACAGUGGGCCACACGUGAUGCUGCUGCUCGCCUUGCUGUGCGCCGCCACUUACCAACCACUAAGCGUGCACAAUUUAGCCAGUACAAGAGUGUUCAGACCUUGUACGACAAUGUAGUUGCACGCUACUCUUCCCCUGCCACUGCUGCACUGAGCUGCCUCAUGCUACCGUACCUCUUCCCUGACCUUGCUACCUUUCCCACUAUCGCUGACCUCAUUACGCACCUCCGCACUAGUGACACUCGCUACCGCACUGCGCUUCAUGCUGAAUUCUGCGCCAAGAAUCCCCCCCCCAUGUACAUCGCCCUCUACUACAUAGUCACCCGGCUCCGUGACUCUCUUCGGGUAGUGAAGGACCACUUCUUCUCUGUUUGCCCCACCACUCUCACCGUUGACCUCCUCGAGAAGGCCCUCCUAGCGAUAGAGAAGAGCAUAGUUGCUGUAGGAGCCUCUUGUGGUGACCCUCGCACCCCCGUCUUUGAGGGGUGUUCUCACUCCCUCCUCUUGCCCUCUAAUGCCUCUGCUGCUGCGGCCGGCCUCGUUGGUUUCGAAUCGGUUGGCGCUGCGUCUGCCCCAAGCGGGAGACGCCGCACCGGCAAGGGCAAGGGGGGCAAGGGCACUGGAGGGGCUGAAGGGGGCGGUGGAGGUGGUGGUGGAGGCAGUGGAGGGAGUGGGGGUGGUGGUGGGAGUGGUGCCUGGGGUGGCGGCGGUGGCGGCAGCAGUGGAGGCGGUGGAGGCGGUGGAGGUGGCGGAGGGAGUGGAGGCGGCGGAGGUAGUGGAGGAGGCGGAGGUGGAGGAGGCGACGGAGGUGGCGGAGGUGGCGGAGGCGGCGGAGGCGGCAGAGGCGGCGGUGGUGGAGCGAGUCGCGACUCUCCGCAGAAGAGUGGCGCCGGUGGUGGUCAGCGCCAGCAGCAGCAACGGAGUGGUGCCGGGUUUGCUAUCUUUGAUCUUGACUUUGAUGCUAUCCUUGCUGCCAUGUAUGCUAUUGAUACUAGUGUUGCUAGUGACUGUUACCUGUAUGUACCGCCUAACCCAGGCAUUGAGGCUGCUGCUCUAGGUGCUGGUGAGGCUGCUGCUCUAGGUGCUAGUGCGUCUGCUUCCCCACGUGCCAGUGCGUCUGCCGCCCCAAGUGCUGGUGAGUCUGCUCUCUCAGGGACUACUACCCCCAGCCGCCCCACACUGAGCAAACCACUCACAUAUCUCCUAGGGGGAAAGAUGACGCUGCUGCUGCUGCCCGUGACCACCGCCAAGGCCUCCCCUCUGACUGGUACCACCCUGGCCGCCACCACUGCCACCACCUCCACUCCCAGUGCCGCCACCAAUGCCGCCGGCACUGCCGCCACUACCGCCACCACCGCCGCCACCUACAACUCCACCCCCAUCACCACUCCCUCCGCCACCGCCGCCCCCUCCACCGCCUCCACCGCCCCCACCACCGCCUCCACCUCUUCCGCCCCCACCGCCCCUACUUCCCCUGCCCCUGCCGCUGCGGCGCCUCCCACUAGGGGCGGACGCAACUCCUACCUCCUCAGCACGAAGGUAGUCAACAGCCGCAGUAGAGGCAACGGAGGGGAGAAAGGGGGGAGGGCGAACACCCCUCAAAGAAGGGAAUGCGAGGAGUGCCACGAGAAGCGCCUACAGCGACUAUGCUAG